AUGAACCAGAAGCAGAGCAAGAAGCUCCACUACGUGGAGAAGAGCAAGAGACUGACGAAAAACAGAGAAGAAAUAGACGCUGAACAUAAUGGAGAAGAAAUGGAAGCUGACAAAAAUAGAGAAGACAAAGAGGGCGAAGAAGAUGAAACUGUUACUAAUUCUGGUGAAGAAUGUUUAACAGAACAGUCAAAGAAGAAGAGGAGAACUAGAGGACCAACCAGGAUGAGAUCAAUCACCCUUUCCUCUUUUCUUGGACCUCUAGUGAGGGAGCAUGUACCGGUACUUCUAGACGAUUGGAGGCGCCUUGAUGAUAAGACAAAGGAUACAAUGUGGGAAGAGAUUCAGGGGAGAUUCAAUUUGACGGAAGAUUGGCAAAAGAGUUGUGUAUUCAGGCAAAUGGGGUGCGUUUGGAGGGCUUCUAAGUCUAGGGUAGUAAGUAAACUGCGUUCUACAAAGAGCAUGGAUACUAUACGAAAGUUGAAACCAAACAACAUUCACAAUGAUGCAGCCUGGAUAAACUGGGUGAAGAGUAGGACUGGCCAUUCUUUCAAGGUACGAAGUGAUCAGUUCAGGGCUUUGAGGAAUAAUCAGAUUCCACACACGACCAGUCGCAAAGGAAUGGUUCGACUUGCUCAUGACUUGAAGAAAAAGGCAUCUGACCCGUCUAAGGUUACUAGAAGCAAAAUAUGGAUAGCUGGACAUACCCAUGCGGAUGGUAGAGCUGUGAGGCCAGAGUUUGAAGAAACCAUUGAACAAAUUAAAUCACUUGAUAGUGAGAUAGAGUCAAACUCAAAUGGUAGUAUUAAAGAAGAUGCUGUGAGUCAAAUUCUAGGGAAAGAUAAGAGUGGACGAGUAAGAGGAAUGGGCAGAGGGAUUACUGCUUCCAAGCUAGCAUUCCUACAGGCUAGAGAUGCACAUGUGCAGAAGAUUGAGGCUAGACAGGCAGAACUGGUUCACGAGAUUGCUGACUUGAAACAUAUAGUUCGUGACUUAACUGCCGGUAAAAAGGAUUAUGGUUCAAAUUCAGACGCCACUGAUAAAAGCAACUUUGGACCUAGGUGUCAGCUACUUGAGUGGUAUUCUGAUGAAGAGAUUGUUGUUGCUGACGGAGAAAUAUGCUCUACUGAACCAACAUACAAGAUUGGCCGUAUUCCUAUUGGUCCUAAUGCAGCAGCUGUAGUUGUCAAAUUCGCAUCAGAUAAAGAGGCAUAUGUAUGGAGGCCUACAACAACUGUCACCUUAAUUGGCCAAGCUGUGGGAACUAAAAUUGCCUGGCCAUUCAAUAAGCUCAUUCUGGACAAUAUAGACUCUCCAACUGUAAACAAAACUGCUGGCUCGGCAACAAAUGUGUUGGUGGAUAGAAUCCAGAUUCUUGAUUGGAAUUUCGGUGAUCAAGUAAUUGCUGAGGGACAUAUGACUUCAACUGACGCAAAACAGUUAGUCAAUGGCAUUCCUUUAGGACCAAAUGCGAAAAUUGUGAAGAUUGACACAGUAAAUAACAAAGAGGCUUAUCUAUGGCGACCAAGUGAAGACAUGACUGUGACGGGUGAUGCCCUGUUUCAUAACAUAGCUUGGCCAAUUACUAAGGUCCUAAUGGAUAAUCUACAGGCAACUGUUGACGAAUUAUCUGAAAGCGAAUCAGAUCCUAAAGUACCAGGAAGACAAGAACCAUCGCUUCAGAAUGGAGCAAGAGCAUUUGCUUCUAAAGGAGCAGGAGCCUCGUGUUCUAAAGGAGCAGUGCCCUCUACAAAAGUAACACAAAAGAGUACAAGUAACAGCUCAAACAAUAGCCCCCCCCCCGUCUAAGAAGAAAUGCUUACUCGUAGAUUGCUUUGGAUCGGGAAAAACAGUUGCAGAAGGCCGAGUUUGUUCAACCAAUCCAACAGACACAGUCCAC